ACCUGCCAUUACCCACCUUUUUUCUUUAUUUCGGAAGAGUUUCGUUUGCUGACAGAAGUGCCGCGACGGCGACAUUCAAAUUCAUGCAUUGUUUCGAAAGCCAGUGUUUUGUCGUCGAGUCUGUCGCGAUUAUUUUUCCGGACCAGCGAUACCGAUUGAAAGCCCUGAUAGAUGUUAAAUUUGUAUUUGAGGCACUUUUUGUUCACAAUGAACACACAAAGAACUAUAGCUGGGCUAGGACUAUUGGUUUAAGUAUUAGGAUCUGUACAAUAGAACACAAGCGUAUUUGUUACACAUCGAAAGUGUAACAGAGGUCGUGGAAGCCAUGAAUACAAAAGAGAAAGAAAAGGAAAACGAACAGCCUCAUCAAGAACGAGACGAGUGCGUUUUGAGAACUAGAACUAAGAUGAUUGCCCAGCCCCGGUCUUCUUUUUCGAAGGCGACUCUCCACAAGGGGACACUGUCGGCGCAGAAGCCUCUCCACCGUCAUUUGGUUCUUUCCAGCGACAGAGCUACUACAACUUAUUUCGCUUUGCGGCAACUACAUCUUGAAACUCUUGCAGCCAGUGAGAGCAACCCGUAACGUAAAGCAAGAACAAAGACGAACUCGAACAACAAGAAUUGCCAACGUCGGGUUACCGCUGCUUCGGGUGAUCAAACCAGCAUCGGCACCAGAUAUGGGCGACGGGUCGAUGAACUCUGGUCGUGAGAGUCCACGCGCUGCGGGGUUGCCAGUUCUUACCACCGGUUGUUCAUGGAGUACGCGGCGGUGCGAUGACAGCAGUACUACACGGGGAACCUCAUCUGCUUCGUCGAGCAGCUCGAGUUCCUCAUCUGCUGCCAGGUCUUCCUCGGAGCCCAACCACCAUGCUAGGGGUCGCAAGCAGCACCGAGCUGCGAUCGGAAAGAGCAACCACCAGUCCGGCAUUGCAGGCAGUGGUAUCACGGCGCGCUCUAGCCGACAUAGCCGACCGCGCCGAAGUAGCCACUCGCACGUGACGGACCUCGAGCGCGCGAAGCUGAAGGCCUUCUUUGAGCAGCGCUUCGGAUCGGUGUCUCAGGCGUUUGAGAAAAUGGAUGUGCUGCAGGACGGCCAACUUUCCUGCGCCGAGUUUCAAGAGAUUCUCGCUUUUCAGGAACGAUAUUGCGGUCUGGUCGAGGCACGGCGAUUAUGGAAUGCCUUCGUCGACCGGGGCGCCGGCGCCUCGCGCGGGAUCACCAAAGACGCACUUCUAAAUGGGCUUUGCCACCUGGAGCAGACGAUCCACGACGUUGACCCCGGCGCAUCAGUGGAAACGGAGGAUCCAGAGGGGGCAAAUUUGCUGGACGUCAGCGGCACGCACGACCUCCUGCACAGCAGCCACGACCAGUCUUUCUACUCAAACAUCAGCAUAUCCCCGGCAUCCUCCUGCGCGUCUUCACGUGCUGACCAGAGUCAGAUGGAGGAAAGUUUUGCCGCGGCGCGGGUGAGUUCCCCUCUUAAUGGAAAUUCAGCACCAUCGGCAUCAGGAUUUCCCUCCCGUCCUGGUCACCAGGGGCGUUUUUCCGGUGCAAAUUGUUCGCCCUUGAGUCGCGACAGUCGCGCUUCGCUCCCUCCAACCCCUCACACUUCGCCACCAGCAAUAGACGAAGCCGCCGGGGUAUCGCAAUCGGCGCUAUCGUCCCCCGUUUCAUCAUCUGCGAGACGGAGGCCUGCAGAACUUCCACGUUCUGGUGGCAGCGGCAUUUUUGAUGCAUUCGACAGGCGGCAGCCUGUUGGGCGACCCUCAUCUUUUGCGUCAUCGAAUGCCGACAACGAAAUCGACCAUUCACGGCUUCCUUUCGCUGAUGUAGAAGUCGUGUCCUGCGACGAUAAGGAUAAAGCUGGAGACGAAAUAAAUGACCAAACUCAACACACACGUGGCCUCGAAGAACGAAGUAGCUAUCUGCGACCUUCUGGGGAGCAGAAGGCCAUCAGGAAGCCGGUGCUUGCUCGCAGUCGUCAGAGUUCGCCGGUCACCCCAGCAAGCGCUUCCCCAUUUGGUAGCGCGCCACCACGCUUUGGCAGGACGAGGAUAAGCGCAAGCUCGCCCAAGUUAGAGACGGGCGUAACUCCUGCCACUACAAGCACGAACAGAACCGGUGUACGUGGCGACGCCGCGGGCGGCUUUCCUUCCGGCGCAUCAGCAUCACUGUUCAGGAACAGCGUUGGGACUACGACUGGCCCGCAGGAGGAUCACUGUGAGUUGGUUUCCAGCGACGCUCACUCUGCAAGGUAUCAAAAUCAACUAGACGGCAGCGAAGGGAACUCGACAACCUUCGCGACGUCGGGCGGAAAAAAUGAGUUUGAUUCUACAGCCUCCACUAGGGAACAGGAGGUGGCAGACUUUUGCCGCGACGUGACCUAUUGUCUGGAAGAGGUCGACUGCAGCAUGGUUGAGACAGACAUGACGUUCGGUCCGGAUUUGCAAGUGAGCCCGCAAAUUCGCCUCGAGCUUUCUCCUGCUGCCGAAGGAGAGGAAGACGUCAGAGGUAGCGAUCUUCGUCCAUAUCCCGCUCGAAACUGCACUACGAUUGUCGAGAACCGACGCGAAGAUGCGUCUGUGUUUCCGACCAAUUCGAGCACUUUCUUGCCUUCCUUGACUGAAGGAGGUACUAGUGGAGAUGAGCAUGUGACACCCCGUCAAGAUAGCUGUGCGGAAUCAGCACGCGCGCGUGAGGAGAACCUGACAUCGAGUCCGCUGUGGAUGCCGCAUGACGGAUCUAGUGUCGUGACGCCGAUAAAGAAGGAUGAGGAGCAGGGGCACGGGACUUCUACCGUGGCGGUUUCCGCGGCGGCAACAUUUUCCAGUGCAGCCGGCAAAAACGCAACGGAGCCGUCGACGUUGCAGGUGGCACUGGAGCGCAUUCAGCAGAUCAAGCAACGAGCAGCGGCUGCCGGUUUGACCUCUUCUUCGCGCGGCAGCAGCUGCACGCGUGAAGACUCCGCAACCAGAACGCCCCCGUUGCUGCCCAGAAGUAGUCUCGGCGAGGACCAGGCGGAUCAUCAAAUCCGAAGCCGGAGCGGAAACAAAAGGGGUUCUCAGGUCGGAUCCGGAAGCGCGCGGGUAAGUUUGAACUCGAAGAAGUCUCCGCUCGCAGGUCGCACUCCCAUGUCGACGACGUCAUCUCUAGCGUACUCUGGAUCGUCACCGCCAACGUCUUCGCACCACGGCAGCGUGCCGGGUUCUACGGAAAAGGAGCCAGCGGUGGUGCAAAGGUCCCCGACUUUUGGAAUCGGUGCAGGUCUAGUCGAGGAGAACGCGGGAGCCGUGACGACGCCUGAGCACCCGCGUUUGGAGCCACGAUGCGCCGGGGCAGCCGUCGUGACGACGCCUGAGCACCCGCGUUUGGAGCCACGAUGCGCUGGAGAUCUAGAUGUGUCAGCCUCCGAGUGCGCUCCCGACGAAGAGGACAUCACCCCGCUGCACAACGAAAUGCAAGACCAAGACUACUCCGAGCUUGAUUUUGCGAAGGUCGCUGACGACCGGGAUCCGACCCCAACGAGCGAAGCUGCAGCUGGCAGUGCGACUUCAGAAAAAGUAAAACACCGAGAUGUAGAAGAUCGCUUCAAGGUCUUUAUUGGACAGGGUGCUGCAUCAACGUGCGGUGUGUGUCCUGUAACACAGUCCUCGUUGACAGCAGAAAGUGAUGGCGCAGCAACGUCCAGCGAAGGAACAGACCAAGGUGUAAGUGUAACUCGUGAAGAAAUAUCAGCUGCAGCCGUCGAACAACUUUCAACAAGUGCGCAAUCGGACACAAGAUUGGCAUCGAGUCGCGUACCAGAGUCGGCAUUCGCACUUGCUGGCCGAGUGGGCUCCAGGCGAGAAUCCUGCCGAAAUUCCCUUGAGCAAAGUACGUCGUUCCAGUACCUGUACCACGACGCUGAGGGUGCUCCCAAAGACAGCUUCGUUUUCGCAGAAGAGGGCAACAAGCUAUUAUCGCCGAUGUCUCCGUUUCUGGACCGCGUAUACGGGGGCACUGAGACGGAUGGAGAAGAGGAACAGGAGGAAGCAUCCUGUCUGCACCCAUGCCGCCUCUCGGGUCUCAGUGAAACCGCACACCACAUUAGUUUGUCCGGUAUAACGCCACCACCAGGCGUAGUUUCGCGUACUGCGUCCGGUUUGGAUCCGCCGCUGCAGCCGAAAAGUAGCAGCAAGGGCAGAAACCACGCCGGAGUGUUCGAUAACAGCGAUCUGUCCCCGACGGUCUGCAGCAGCGAGAACAACAAUGAGAGUGCGCGCAGUCGCAGCCCGCGCUUUCGAAUGAACAGUCACGAAGAUGACGAGCAGUUGGAUCAUUCGCUGCUGCGCUUGUCCUCCGAUGCCGAGGAUGGGAUACAACUUGGUGUGCAACUACGCAGUUUCCCUGGAUCGCAGGUGCAGAGCGAUUCCGGCCUUGGCAAGAAGGUUAGUGGCGAAAACGCAACGGUGGUGCCGCGUUUUCAAAGGCCAUUUGUGUCACAAGAAGAAGGAGGGCGUUGGGGCAUCAGCGGCCAGGGCACGGACCAGCUUACCUGCGGGACCCGCAACAGGGCGACGUCGGAGGGUGCUCUGGGCUCGUUCGACGGUGAAGGCUCAUCUAGUCCACAACCAGAUGGCGCGGCAGCAUCACCGUCUCAACCUUGUCCGGGUCACGAGGAACCCGAACCGGCCUCGUCGGCCUAUCCUCUGCACAAAAUUGAGGAGGAGGACGAAGUGGUCAGCUCUUCUAGCGCCCAGCUAACGCCUGCAUCAGUCUUUCGGGGGCAGGUCGACGACGACGCCUUGCGAUCAUCCUCUAGCAGACCACGGGACGCGCAGCAAUACGGAGAUCAGGAACGUGCCCAAUCCCAAACUUCACCGGAAGGGCAAGCACAGCGUACAGACGAUCAGAAGACGAGGGACGAUGCUGAUGCUCUUUCAGCUGCUACAAUAAGCUGCAGGAGAAACAACCACGUUACGUUGAUGUCGAACUCGGUUUCAUCAUGGCACCAGAACUUAUCACCGUCCCCCGACGAAAUUAAUGAAGCAAGAUUAGUUUCCACGAGGAAAACGGCAGACUCACCUGCGUCCCCGGAGGACGCUGCAAGGACGCCAGACGGCUUCCGUUUUGAUGAUGUAGCCCACAAAUACACUGCUUCAAGCUAUAGCUCCGGGCGGGUUCCGCUUUUGGGCCCACUCGUGGUCGACGCAGACACAAGCAAGGACGCAGGAAAUAAACGCUCGCCUGUUCCUCGGCUACACCUGCCGUCACCAGAUUUGCACGGCGCAAAAGUGGUGGGGAAGCGCAGCCAAGUACAGGUUGAAGACGAUAUCAGCAGAGCAACCGCCUUGUCGAGCAGCAGUAGUGCGGGGCGGAGGACACCUCCACACGAGCACCAUUUCCAGACCGAGAAGGUGGCCGAGAGUUGUCUCGACGAUCGAAUAGAGGCGAUUGUGAAUCGUCGGCUCCGGGAGGAGCGAGCUGCCGCUGCCGCACUGUCCGCGCAGGUCAGCAGCCACGUCGUCGCGCAACCCUUGACACCGAGCAGUCCAGCGUCCUUGCGCGAAAAUCUACAGCUCCGCACUGCUCCGACGAAAGGCAGGGCUGAAGCGGCGUUUGCUUUGACUGAUUCUCCAGGAACUUCGCCUGACACGAUCAUUGCUGCAUCCUCUGGGGGUCAUGGCAAAAGCUCGUGCAUCAAGCAACACCAGCACGACGAUGUCGAUGAUGGUACUUCUGCGAGAACGUUUUUUUCACCGCGUCCGCAGCAUGCCCACGAGCCGCUCGCAAAACUUGAGGAUGGUGUGGAAAAGCGCGAAACCAGAAGGGAUUUCGAAGAAGACACGAGGAGUGCAGAAAGCCCCCGCCCCGGACGAUUGCAGCGACCUGUCAUUUGCGAUCCGCUGAGCGGCAGUAGCGUCUCUAGCACAACCCAAUGCAGAUCUGCGCUGAAGGGCGACGCUACAAGUUCCAGUACGACCAGGACCGCCUGUAGUGCUGUUGCCUCGCCUGUAGAUGCAUCGACCCCUGCUCUAAGAAGCAGCAUCGUUUUUCGGUGCUCUUCGUCGUCAUCCCGAAUCUUGUCGCCGAUUCAAACUCGAGGCGCGCUCUCGGAUCGGCCCAUCGUCCGACGGAAGAGCGUCAACAGCGACAGUGGCUCCAAUGAGAAAAAAUCCACGAUCGAGGCCAGCGUCAGUCCGGCUGAAAAUGAAAAAAGUACUCCCGUCACAGCGCUUUGCCACUUGACUGAAAUAACUUCUGCUUCUCGCACAUCGAAAAGCGCCAGCUCCUCAGGCGGAAAAAGCAGCGCGGGCAAGAAGGGUAUUGAGGAUUCUGCGCACCGUCAUGCUGAUCUUCAUAGCGAUAGCGCCACUGGUGAUCGACACUGCAGCGAUAUCACACCCCCGACUCGCAACCGUCAGCAUGCGAAGCUGGGCGUUAUCGAUAGCGAGGGCACUACGACGGCGAUGCGAGGACAUGCGGAUCAGCAUCAACAUCAAGAGAGACUGCGGUACUUCACGCCGCCAGGAAAGUCCAACGCGGCCGACGAGAACACGCUGCGACCCGCUUUGCACGACGCGGACACGCUGCAGAGUUCGAUUUCGCGAACGUCGCUCCUCGCCAGUGUAGUUGACAAUGCAACAGCAUCACUACGUAUUGGUGAGACCCUGGUGGAUUUGCAGCCCGGUGCGCCGGUAUGUAGCUCCCCCAGCAGCAGCUCCCUAGUUUCGUCUGCAGCGAGCACUUCUCGAAGGGUGGUGUGCGGCAACUCGAUCGUUUCGAAUUCGAGCUGUUCCGCCGUGUCGUUGUAUAGUGCGAGCGCUAGCACGCGCGCGUCUACCACACGAAGCCACGCGUCCUCAUCGAUUUGCACCAGUACCGGAGGGACUGAAACGACGGGGCGGGCCACCGCGAGAUUGACCGACCAGCAGGUGGUAGAACCUGAUCUCCUCCAGCUCCAAACUGCAAGAGGUAGAAAUUGCAGCACUCCGGUUAAGCCUGCGCAGGGGAAGGAGAAGGAGACGGGUAGCGCAAACGUGCAACUGGCAUCGCAGCUUGCGACCGAGGAGGCCUUUCUAAGCAACUUGCGCGAGACAACGAUAGGCCGCGUGACACGUUGCCUUGAGCCUACAAGGUCGCAGGACGGCGACAGAUUGAUCGUUUUGGACGACAAUGCGUUCGGACUCGGGUCACCUUCCACUUCGCUGCGCCCAGAGGAAGAUCCGGAGAGGCCAAAGAGAAGUAGUCCGGGUGCUUUGCCGAGUUGCCGCUCAUUCUUUGACACGGCCGGCUCUGCAAAGGACACUAGAAGGUGGACCGCAGUGACAGAAGCAGACGAGCGCACGCCGUGCGCGACCCGCCUUGUGGAAGCCGCUCCGGUCGCUUCCACGCCGGUGCGUCUGCCGCAAUCAUCUGAGUCAGAGCUGUUGCGAACAUCGCAGGAGCUGCAGGAUCGUGCAAGCCGCACACCGCGACGGCAGAUUGUUCUUCGGGCAACGGCGCCCGAGAGAGUGACGUAUCAGCCGGGAACACAGGACCAUGACCCCCUCACACUAGAAGACGUUCCCGACGACCAAUUGCAAGCUGCUGAGCACUCCAGAUCACCACGAAAACCGACCACGACCGCCGGUCGACCAAUGGAAGCGUCUUCUUGUUCGAAACCUCGCAUCGUUUCUGGAGGCUUCUACCUGUCUUCUUCCGUGCGCCGCUUUUUAGAAAGCACCUCUGUAGAUGAUGAAAACGCUGCAAGUACUUCUACUAGAGCAGCUGCAGCUUGUUCUCAGCAAGGCCGCCGUCAUUGCCGCAGCGCGGCGUCGUCAUGCUCAUUCGACGCCACCUCAGAUACCGCUGCUGCAGAAGCGACUGACCACUGCAUGGAUACAAGGGAAGACACCCCGCAACAAGACCGCUGCCGGAGACUUGCCGAACACAAGGCAAGGAACAAUCGGGAUACCGACAUAAUUCGCUCCUGCCCAUCAUCAGAGUGCGGAGACGAGGAGGCGGCGGUGCUAGAAUCAAAUCACUUUGAUUCGUCAAGCACUGUUGCAGCCCGCACGCCUCGGCGGAGCUGCGACGUUGGCACCGACGCCUUUGUAUUCGAGUCGCCUCCACGUCGAAAAGGAGAUGCUAUCAAUUCGAGCAGUUCCCGCCAGCAGAGUGUUGCUAGGCGACUGCCACAGUGGUCUACAACCGCCGGCCCACGAGCUGACGGAAAUUCCACGUUUGCAGCGUCGUGCGGUUUCGAUACCUCGCCCUCCCAGCGCCACAUUUCGCCUAGCGGUCAAAUUCGGCUUUCGGAUCAGAAACGUAGCAACACCCCGGUACUCGUUCGGUUGGAUUUCGACAACCUGGAGUCAAGCAGUCCCGCUGCCGGUCGACGCGGCGGGAGGCUCGAACCGCUCGAGGAACUGAUACCACUUCCGUCGACGGGAAGGCGAAGAGCAUCGGGGCAGAGGACGUCGGCUCUUGCGAUGCUCGAGGCUGAGGAGAGUUCGUACAUAGGAGAGCCCGACGCGAGCUUGGCUCUGGAGGCGGGACCCGAAUCAGAGCGAGACCUCGCACUGAAUCCUUUCGGCCUAGAUGAAGAUACUUCAUCGUCGGAGCCGGAAGAACACGGCCGACUUGUCCUGCAGGACGAUGGAAAUGUUGCACCAUCGUCGACACAACCCAAAAGCAGUCGGAAUGGCAACCAAGCACGAGCUCGCUCCCGUCCUGAUUGCUAUAACGCCAUGGUUCGUCGAGAUCCUGAUCCACAUCCAACCGUAAACGCACCAUCGCCGUCUCAGCGAAGCGACUUCGAGCUGCAAGAAUCCUCGACGUCCAAAAUCACAUCCGUGACCGAUCUGCGAUCACAUCAUCACGCAGCGCUCCAGGCGGAAAAUGCUGAUGAACAAUUUCAUGUUGUGGAGCCUCUGUCUACCAUUUGGAAGAAGGAUCCUCGCGUUCUCGGGUGUCUGCUGCGCCGCAUCCGCCGCCGUUUGAACGGUCGCUCCGUCAGCUCGUUGCUCCUCGACUCGCGGACACAACCCGCGGGUCAAGAAGAUUUACACCUCUCACGAGGAGAAUGGCUUUCUCUCUUCAAGCAGCACGCACUCGGCAUAAACAAGGACGAGGCGGAAUUCAUAUUCUCUGAGCUGGAGGAGAAGUCGCAAGCUUCCCAUCGGGCUAGACCACCGUCAGUGCGGCAGGAAGAUGUCGCUCCGGAACAUGUCGUGACUGGCCGCAAAACCAAUUAUCGGGGCGAGCAGACGGCUGUGGUAUCCUUAUCAGUGUUCGAGAUUGCGCUCGCGCAUUGCGGCCGCGCACUGGCGUCGGUGAUCAAUCUCGAAAACUGGGGCAGGUCGGUUGUUCAAAUGGCGCGUGCAGAGGCGACGCUCGGAGGGAGAGAGUUCGUGGAAACUCUUGCGCUCGUGCCUGCGGUCGAUGUUGAAAAAUUUCGGGCGGAACUGAAUCUCACCGCGGACGGAACGUGGGCACUGUUCCAAACUCUAGUGGACAAGACCUACAGCAAUCGCGUUCUUUCCCAGCAAUUCUUCGAGUGGUGCGCCUGUUAUCCCACGGCAGGCGCAGGAGCCUCCCCUUCAGAACCAGAAGCGAGGGCGGAAGGGAACCAAUUUCAGGCGCCGCCUGUUUCGACUCCGCACAGCUCGUCUCCAGGCGAAAUGAAAAGUAACGGGCUCCUCCCAAUCGGUGCAGAAAAUCAAAGUACACGCGUGAUGACAGUGACAGAGGAGGAGCAGGAGGGCAGCGUCUCGGUAUCCGCGAGCGGAAACAGAAACCGUCCGUCCGUCGUUCGUCGAGUGGUACGUCGCCCGCGACGCGUAAACGUUGGGUUUCCAGGAGCAGAUGAUCCUAAAGAUGCUGAUGCUGAUUUGACAAGAUGCGAUACGAUUGGCAGCCGUCGUAGUAAAUCCUGCGGUCCGGUGAUCCCAAUCCUGAACACACGCCAUCCAGUUUACGCAACUGCGUGUGCCCCGUCUGGGCAAGAGGACCUACAUCGGUCAGAACUACGACAGCAUGGGUCGAGAACGAGUGGAACGCUCCGUCGACGCCGGUCGAUGCAAUCAUCACCACGCCGCUCCCCUGCUUCUGGCACAACGCCUAGAAUGAAGGUAGAAAAGAUGCCUUUCGGGUCCGCGCGGAGCAAUCAGAAUGAAGACACGAGUACGACAACGCAGGCGGACACCACCAGUGCAAGCGUCUCGCCGGCCGGUGUUCUUUCGGCGCCACGAGCAGGCAGAUCGAAUGUAGUGAUACGGCGCUCGCGAUCCGAGGGACCACGGGUCCGUCGCGUCUCUCGCACUGGGCGUUUUAGUGUUGAGAAACAGGAGGGCCUCGAAGGCGUUUCUGUGGUUCCAACAUUUUCCGGUUCAGUUCAUGGCAGUCAUGUGGGUUUGGUUCUUGUUGCAGACGGAGCAAAUAAUGACGAUCCCUACGCGAAUUUGCUGCCAGCAUCGGAGGAGGAGGCGCUUUCGUUCCAGACAGAGCUAGCGUCUCACGCACGGGGAAUCAUGGAUGAGGCUCGGCGGGCGCAGGCACGAGUCGCGGUUCUGCGCCAACAGUUAGAGGACCAGGAAGCACGUAGAGUUUACUUCGUUUGUUCAUACUUACAUACAAACUUUUUUGCUGUGGCCUUGAUUUUUCCACCUAGCAAAGUUUCGGUUUCCAGCCACUCGCCAAUGUACUUCAAUGCACUCAAGCACGUACGGAUUCUGACACCAAAAUGCAAUUAAGAUAAACAGCACCAGCGCUCAAGAAUGCGCAAUGCCAAUAGAUUGGAAUUGCAAAAAUACAUGAACAGGUCACGAGGACGAACUCUCCAAGCUGCGGCAAAUGCACAAACAACGGAUGCAGGACAUGGUGCAAUGCUUUCUGGCAGACUACGGCUUAUCCAUGGAGCAGUCGGUCUGA